UAGAGAUUGUUUUACCGAUUGGUUAGGGAUGAGUUUUCUAAGUUUAAUUUGUGGUUACAAUGAAGGUAAGAGUUUUGGCUACAGAGCACUCAUGCUAACUUGCGCCUUCUCUCAAAAUCUUAUCCAUCAAUCUCGGUAAGGAAAGUAAUGUUGGAAAAAUGGUGAAGAAAGGAAGUUGGUUUUCUGCAAUCAAAAGGGUUUUUACUCCACAUUCCAAAGAGAAGCUAACCAAUCAGGAACCAGAGAGAAAGAGUGUUAAAGAAAAGAGGAAGAAAGGGUUUGGGAAGCUAAGGCAUGGAGAGACCAAUUCAUUUCUUCCCAUCUUCAGAGAGCCUAGUAGUAUCGAAAAGAUCUUGGGCGAGGCUGAGAGAGAUCACAAUCUUGUUUUCAGGCCUCCUACUCCUGAUCGAUCAAAUCCAUUUUCAGCCUCUCCUCCUCCGAGGCCUGCUUCUCCUCGGGUUCCUUCCCCAAGACCAACUUCUCCAAGAGUUGCCUUACCACGAGCCGCUUCUCCAAAGCCUCCUUCUCCUAGAGCUGAAGUUCCAAGAUCCCUUUCGCCAAAGCCUCCUUCUCCAAGAGCUGACCUUCCAAGAUCACUUUCGCCAAAGCCGAAGCCAUCAUCAGCCUCUGCCAAUGCUCCUCCUCUUAGGCCUGCUUCUACUCGAGUUCCUUCUCAGAGAAUUACCCCUCCCAGUGUUCCUUCUCCAAGACCAAGUUCACCAAGAGGUGCAUCCCCACAAGCCGUCUCUUCAAAGCCCCCUUCUCCAAGAGCAGAGCCACCAACAUUGGAGACUCCAAGACCUCCUUCUCCAAGAGCUGCUUCUCCAAGGGCAGAGCCACCAACAUUGGACACUCCAAGACCUCCUUCUCCAAGAACUGCUUCUCCAAGGGCAGACCCACCAAGAUUCGAUGCUUCAAGACCCACCACGCCUAAGCCUCCUUCUCCAAGAGCAGACGCACCAAGAUUGGAUGCUCCAAGACCUACCACGCCUAAGCCUCCUUCUCCAAGAGCAGAUGCACCAAGAUUGGAUGCUCCAAGACCCACUACGCCUAAGCCCCCUUCUCCAAGAGCGGUUUCGCCUAGGGGUGUGCAGCGACGAGAGGUUGUUUAUAGACCAGAGCCAACGCUUCCGGUCCAACAUGCUUCUGCAACAAAGAUUCAAGGAGCUUUCAGAGGUUACAUGGCAAGGAAGAGUUUCAGAGCUCUCAGAGGUCUAGUCAGACUUCAAGGUGUGGUGAGAGGAUACAGCGUGAAGCGGCAGACGAUAAAUGCAAUGAAGUACAUGCAGCAAGUGGUCCGUGUUCAGUCCCAAAUCCAGUCACGUCGCAUCAAAAUGUUGGAAAACCAAGCUCAGGUUGAGAAAGAUGAAGCCAAAUGGGGUGCAUCUGAAGCUGGUAACGAUAAUUGGGAUGACAGUGUACUGACAAAAGAAGAAAGGGAUGCAAGAUCACAGAGAAAGACUGACGCGAUCAUCAAGAGAGAAAGAUCCAUGGCUUAUGCAUAUUCUCGCAAGCUGUGGAAGAAUAGUCCCAAGUCUACUCAGGACAAUCGUUCUUCAGGUGGGUUCCCUCAAUGGUGGAACUGGGUGGACCGGCAGCAUCCUCUUGCUAGUCCUGCACCGAGCUAUAGCCAACCACAAAGAGAUUUCAGGCUAACACCAUCAAGAAUGUGCCCAAGUCCUCUGUCUCAGUCAAGCAAACAACACCAUAUCAGGCUUGACAACCACUUUGACACUUCCACACCCAGAUCGUCGAGAUCUACUUUUCACACUCCAUCCAGACCCAUCCACACAGGGACAUCAAGAUACUCGAGAGGAAGACUAAGAGGUCAAGAUUCUCCUUUCAAGGAUGAUGACAGCCUCACAAGCUGCCCUCCAUUCCCGAGCUACAUGGCUCCAACAGUCUCUGCCAAGGCAAAAGUUAGACCAAACAGCAAUCCAAAGGAGAGAGUGAUGGGUACACCGGUAAGCGAGAAGAGGAGAAUGUCGUUUCCUCCCAUGCAACAAGGUCUUGAUACGUUUAGAUGGAACAAAGGGUCAUUGCUCAUGAGCAACAGCAGCAGCCAGAGAGGUCCUGGUUCACCUGGAGGUGUGGUUCUUGAGAAGCACAAGACACUUAAGUCAGUAGGAAAUUUGAGUAUUGGUUCCACUGCCUCCAUGGCAACAACAGUUGGAAGAAAGGAAUUUAACAGAUUUGUGUGAUUUCUUUUGAUUGAACAUUUUUCUUUUGUUUCACUAUGGUUGGUGUUGAUUUUGAGUGUUGUAACAUAAUAAAAUGUCAAACAGAAC